UGUAACACUUUGGAGUGGGACGGCGUGCUGGUGUUCGCUCCCUCUUUGUUUAGUGUAACAGAAUGACAACAAAUUGUGCAGUUUUGUGUUGACAAGUGCUCGUGGUUUUUGAGUAUUUUCGAAGGAUUAUGGAAUUGUUUCGGACGAACGAGUUUUAUAUUUUUGUUAGUGGGGAAUAUUCUCUAUGGUGGGACCGCCAAACAGGCGCUUUCAUACCGAAAACAGGAUGGGACUUGGCCGACGCUGACGACCCCAUCUGUCUCGGUUUGUGUGACGGUAUCGUGGGUAAAGUCGAGCAUUCGUCCGUUUUCGACCAACGCCUCCUCCUGAUCAAAGAAAGUCUUCCAGUUGGUAAACUACACGGCGACAAUGACGUGUACAAAAUCAAAUCGGUGGUUUUCCUUCCACUCGGCCCAGAAAACGUCGAUCUCAACCUGCAAACGUGUCCCAAACACAAAAGUUACAGCGCGAAGAAAAACACAAACUCGCUCUUUGAUAUUCAGAAAAACGCCGCCUUGACGAAGACCUGGGGCACGCUAAAGAGCGCCGGGAACACGAUCAAGACCACCACGCAACAAGCCGCCGCGAUCGCCACCGGGACGCCGAAAAGGCGGGAUUUUAAGGAUAAGGAGCGCUUCGAAAGACAGAUUAUUGAAGAGUUUUACAAGAUUUUUACCGACACGAACUCGUUUUAUUUCUCGAGAACCACGGAUUUGACUAACUCGCUGCAGCGGUGGUGCUGUCUGGAAAAACAGGACGCAAUCGAUCCCAAAGCUUUGUGGAAAACGGUCGAGGACCGCUUUUUCUGGAACCGGCACAUGCUGAAGGACCUCAUCGAACUUAACAACCCGCUCUGUGACCCCUGGAUCCUGCCGAUUAUCCAGGGCUACAUCCAGAUCGAAAACUGUCGCGUCGACUUGCCCAAAGAGUUCCAGUCGAGCACGGGGAAAAAUUACGAAAUUUUCACGCUGUGUAUUUUGUCGCGUCGGAGCCGGUUUAGGGCCGGCACCAGGUACAAGCGCAGAGGCGUCGACGAAGACGGCCAGUGCGCCAAUUACGUCGAAACGGAGCAGCUGGUGGCGUACCAAAACCACGAAGUGUCUUUUGUCCAAGUGAGGGGCUCUGUACCGGUUUAUUGGUCGCAGCCGGGGUAUAAGUAUCGGCCCCCGCCCAGGAUCGACAAAGGGGAGGCCGAGACGAAGGUCGCGUUUGAGAAACAUUUCUCGCAUGAAGUUCAGAAAUACGGACCUGUCUGUGCUAUCAAUCUCAUCGAUCAGACGGGCAAGGAAAGAGUCAUUUUCGAUGCUUACUCGAAUUAUGUUUUGCUUUACAACAGCCCUUUUAUUACUUAUGUCACGUUCGAUUUUCACGAAUAUUGCCGAGGCAUGCACUUCGAGAACGUCUCGAUCCUGAUAAACGCCCUGGCCGACGUUAUCAAAGACAUGAAUUAUUGCUGGCGGGACAAGCAAGGGCACAUUUGCUCGCAAAACGGCGUUUUCCGAGUGAAUUGUAUCGAUUGUCUCGACCGGACAAAUGUCGUUCAGACGGCCAUAGGUAAGGCCGUCAUGGAGAUGCAGUUCUGCAAAUUGGGCCUGAUCACACCCGAGGGCGUCAUGCCCAACAACAUCAAAAACACCUUCCAGCUGCUGUGGGCCAACAACGGCGACACCAUCAGCAAGCAAUACGCCGGGACUAAUGCUCUUAAGGGCGACUAUACCAGGACUGGGGAGCGGAAAUUCACCGGCAUUAUGAAGGAUGGCAUGAACUCAGCCAACAGAUACUACAAAAAUCAUUUUAAAGACUCCGUGCGUCAGUGUUGCUUAGAUAUAAUGCACGGAGUCGAUCUGAACGAAAUCGAAGUUCAAGACUUUUGGACUGAUUUAAAGACAGUCGGGUGUAUAGCAAGCGAAAUCCUUCCUGACGAACCUCCAUCCUACACACCCCAAAUCGCCCUCCAACAGGAAUUCGAAUUUGCUAACCUCCUGUUCGAAAUGUCUAGAUACUACUUAAGUCGGUUUAAAGACUCAACUCGUCAAGGCACCAUCGACUUGAUGCUAGGCAAUGUCGUGUCUGAGGAUAACUUCACUGAGAGCAAAACGCAGCAGUUUGAGGAAGACAGCGCGGCGACGGCCGAGCACGUGAAGCUGCUGAUUGAAGACUGCAAGAAGAUGCUGAUUAACCAGCCCGAGCUGGUCUUGGGUUCCUGGGGCUUGAUAAACGCUGAUCCGGCGACAGGCGACCCCAACGAGACCGAAAUGGACUCGAUUUUGAUCCUCACCAAAGACUCGUAUUUCGUGGCGGAUUACGAUGACCAAGUCGACAAAGUUACCAAGUACCAAAGAGUUUUAUUACAGGAUAUAAGUUUGCUCGAGUGCGGGAUCCCCGAGGCGGGCGCUUCGCUGUUCAGAGCCGCCAAAAAUCGAUUCUGUAUUCGGAUUAACUAUAAAGUGGACGGCGUGAGUGGGUAUUACCACAUGUUCAGGUCCACCAAUCUGCGCUUUUUCAACAAUAUGGCCGUCAUGGUGAAGAACGAGGAAGAGGAAAUCGAAUCUUUGAAAGCGAUUUGUGAGGCGUUUGUUGUGGCGCUGGAUAUUUGCGGUUUGCCGCCGGUUCCAUUCAAUUGUGGCAAAUGUCUCGAUAGAAGAAAGUCCAAAGUGAUCAAUAACGAGGGGCGCAGCAUCUAUUUAGACAUCGUGGGCUUGCCCCAAAUCACGCGGAACGUCUCCGAAAGUCAAUUAUUGUCGUUGAAAAACGUUGGCACCAAGGCCAUCUCCAACAUGACGCAGCAGUUCAGCAAACUGAACAAAAUCGGGAGCACAUUUAAAAAAUCCAAGUUAAAGAAAGCCAAUUUUACGAUCGGCACAAACAAGGAAUCUUCCAGCGACACGGACGACGACUACGAAAACUCCAUCUUCCAGCCGAACGCCUCGACGGAAAGCGGCUCAUUGCACUUCGCCACGGACUCCAGCUCCAGCACCAGCCACGUCGAGGAAGGCGUCGAAGCCACCGAAGACACCUUCUUGCCCAGCGUGGGCAUCGUCAUGGGCAACACCGGCGACGCCGUCGAACUCACUCUAGAGCAGAAGCAGAACCUGCUGACCCGCGAAGACUCGAGCCAGGUCGACAACGUGCAGCUCUCCAGCAUCAUGCAGAUCUCCCUCCAGAACCCCGCCCCGGAAAUCCAGAUCAACUCGGAAGGGUUCGACAAGAAGCAGCCCCCGAACACGCUCAAGCUGGACAAGAAGUUCAGCCACUCGUCGGGGGAGGUGGACGAGAGCGACUCCAAGCCGGCGGAGCGGUUCGACAAGCGCUCGAAUUCGGACUACGACGUGGCUUUGAACAUCUCGCAGUCGCAGAGCGAGUCCGCUUUGAAAAACAGACUGAGUAACGUUGCGAGUCCGGUGGCGAGUGCGAAGGAUUUGUUUUCGCCCUUGAGUAAGUUUGCCAAGGGGGUGCAGAACCUGGGGGCCAACCUGGACCCGCGCAAGCUGGGGCAGGUGCGGGUCAGCGAGCGCGAAAUGGAGGAGCAUAGGAAGUUGCAAGAGAAGUGGCAAAAUAGCAAGACUAGACUUAUAGCGCUGUAGAUGUAGGUUCCGUUGAGUUGAGGCCUUGUUACCGUUAUGUGAUGUUGUUUAUUUCCCCGAAUAUUUAUUUAUUUAUUAAGUAGGUUAAGGUAUGACACCAAGGGAAGUCGAGUAUUCAGAAAGACGCUUUAAGAAAUUUACAAGACGCGAGUCGGGUUGAGACAAGAGCCGGUCGGUCGAACACUUAAAUAUGAAUUAAUUCAAUUUGGUGUGUGUUUGGAGAACACUCAAGUUGCUAAUUAGUUGAGAGCUCUUGAUGUGAGGUAAUUGAAUUAAAUUAUUUUUGAUACUUUGAUUCUAAGUAGGAUUUUUUGCCAAUAAAACACUUGCCCGCUUCUGUCAAUUAACUCGUGUUUUUUUAUGAUGUAACAGUGGAUGUCACGUUGAAUUUUAAUCAUAAAUCUGUUGUUUUGAUACCGUUGGACAUCAUUAAUGUGCGCUUCCGUAGCGAAAUCGAUUAAAACAGUUUUGAUGUCGCCAUAACAGAAAACCGUGGAUUUUCAUUACUGAUAACAUAUUGUUUCAUGUUACCGUUCAUUCAGUAUUAUUUAGGUAGAAUGGAAACGUGUAAAAUACGCGUAGUUACCUACAGGACUACUUACCUAAAAGCUUUAAUAUCGACUAAAGAGGCACAAAGCUUUUUAGAAUCUACAUGUGAUAAUCUAGAGUAAAGUCAUAUCUUGUUAGAUUUUUUCUAGUUGUCAUCAGUCUGUGGUGUACUUAAUUUCACGAAAAAAGUCAAUUAACAUUCCGUGUUAUUGUUAUUGUUUUUGCUGGUUUAUUUAAUAGACACAUAGACAAUAGAACAA